AUGGUGCAGCUCGACCUUCGGCAGAAAUGCCUAGGGGCAAUCGAUCCACAGCCCGAGCAGCAGUUUUCUGCGUUCACACCCCCAAAUAAUGCAUCUGGAUCAAGUCAAAUAAGCGGACACGAGACUACUGCUAGCUCUGAUCUUCAGGACGUAGAGCCUUCCAACACCGUCUUAUCGAAGAACGCAAUCAAGAAACAGCGAGCCCAAGAGCGGCUGCAGGAAUUCAAAGAACGACGGAGGGCUUUGCGGCCAGAUAUUAAACGUAGGAAAAAAGCAGAAAGGCGGGAAAUGGCAGCGCAAAAAAGCUCCAGUGCAGCAGACAACUCCCCCCCCGCAGGAGGGGAUGCUGGUCUAACUGUGCGUAUUUGCGUUGACUGUGCCUUCGAAGAGCUGCAAAACGAGUCAGAGAUAUCUUCCCUAGUGCAGCAGCUCAUGUACGCAUAUGGGGAUGCCAACCGUCUCAAUCGAAUAAGAGAUAAGGCAGCAGGGAACAAGCGGCGGUGGAAAAGCGGAUGGAGAGGAGCGGCCGAUGUGAAGGAGGAUUUUCAGCAGACGGGAAAGGAAUCGACCAAGCAAGACACGAAGGAGCAGGUCGACGGGAAAGGGAAUGAGGCGGCGAUGAAUAUCUCCACAGAAGAUAUGAACAGCACAUCAGCUUCCGUUUUUUCAGCAGGUGACAGUACGGAUCAGAACGUUGCUGCGAUGCCUUUAUUUGAGGUGUCAGGCAUCUCCUCGAGCUCUGACUCCCCUGCUAGCUCUGCAAGCACGAGGGAUACUGCAUUUUAUGGAAACGAUUUGGCCUCCCCACCACCCCCUGUGGCUGGCUCUUGCGCUCCCCCGUGUUUUCCAUCCAACCGUCCAGCUGUUGAGCUGUGUAUAUCUGGUGUUGGGCCACGUGUCUACUCGGCAUUGCGCCGGGUGCAGUGCAAUGGCCGCUGGAAGUGCGAAGUGAGUUGCGAGACGUUUGAGCGGCUUUUCGCUGCUGAUUGUGCCUUGGAACGGGUCGUUUAUCUGACUGCUGAUGCAGAAGAGGAGUUGCAUACCCUAGACGCAGACACAGUAUACAUAGUUGGUGGCCUUGUAGAUAGAAACAGGUACAAAGGACUGACACUGAAUAGGAGCAAAGAGAAAGGAGUACGGGCAGCCAAGCUACCUAUUGAAACGAAGCUCGGACGGAAGCUCGACGGCUCCAAGAUCCUUACUGUCAAUCAGGUGGUAGGUAUUCUGAUUGCAUACGCUGAGCUGGGUGAAUGGGGUUCUGCUCUUUCGCGGGUUUUGCCAGCGCGAAAGUCCGGGGUGGAGUCUCCCCAGCAAAAGGAGUCACCCCUUGAAGAGAACAUCCUUCUGGAAAACUGA